UACCGUCAGAUCAAGAACAAGCCAUACCCAAAAUCACGAUACUGCCGUGGUGUGCCUGACCCGAAGAUCAGAAUUUACGAUGUGGGCAUGAAGAAAAAAGGUGUUGACGAGUUCCCGUUUUGCGUGCACUUGGUCAGUUGGGAGAAGGAAAAUGUCUCGAGCGAGGCUUUGGAAGCUGCUCGUAUUGCUUGCAACAAGUACAUGACCAAGUUUUCCGGAAAGGACACCUUCCACCUGAGGGUGCGGGUACACCCUUUCCAUGUCUUGCGUAUUAACAAGAUGCUUUCGUGUGCUGGAGCUGAUAGGCUUCAGACUGGCAUGAGAGGUGCUUUUGGAAAGCCACAGGGGACCUGUGCUCGUGUGGCCAUUGGUCAGGUUCUUUUGUCUGUACGCUGCAAGGAUGCAAACAGUCAUCAUGCUCAGGAGGCAUUGCGCCGUGCGAAAUUCAAGUUCCCUGGUCGUCAGAAGAUCAUUGUUAGCAGGAAAUGGGGUUUCACCAAAUACAACCGCACGGAUUACCUGAAAUGGAAAUCCGAGAACAGGAUUGUUUCGGACGGUGUGAAUGCUAAGCUUCUUGGAUGUCAUGGACCUUUGGCCAAUAGGCAGCCUGGAAGAGCAUUCAUUUCUGGACCUGUGCAGGGAUGA